AGACGUCAAGCACCCAACGACUGCUUGGUUAGUCUCACCCGACCGAGCGCCGACGGAUUCGCACUGCUCAAAUUGAGGAGGGCUUAGCUUCCUGAUGAGUCCUCUUCAGUCUCAUCCGUUAGGCGAUUCUCCAGAUUGAGGAGGGCUCAGCUUCCUGAUGAGUCCUCUCCUCCCUGUCUGCCCACGGUGUACCGGGCAAUUCUAAAUGACGGUUUACGUAUAGAAGAGGCGGCGGAAGAGGCGACGGAAGAGGCGGCGGAAGAGGCGGCGGAAGAGGCGGCGGAAGGAGCUUAAGGACGAGGGAGGAGAGUGGAGGGUAGAGGAAGAUGAUGGACACGGAGACGAAGCCGUCGAUGAGCCUGGACGAUCUAGCGGCGAAGAACGGCCGGCGGAUUCAGAGUGGCGCGGUCGCGAAGAGAGCGUUCCCAAGACCAACUCCUUACGGCUACGGGUCGUUAAGAGGGAGAUCCCUUUCCGCAAUCGCCCACCACCAACAAGGCUUCGCGAGUUAUGCAACAAUUGCAAGAGACCGGGGCACUUGCCCGCGAGUGCCCUAAUCAGGUGGUAUGCAAUGAGUGCGGAAUGGCAGGUCAUCUGGCGGCGGCGUGCACCAAUUAAGCGAUCUGCCGGAACUGGGAAACAGGCUGGGCACAUAGCUGGGCACUGUCCGAACGAAGCUGUUUGCAAUAUCUGCGGAAAGCCGGGGCAUAUCGCACGAGGUUGUGCGGCUUUGGAGGGAGGAGAUCGAGAUGCCGUAGCGCUACCUAAAGUCUCUCCUAUGUAAUAACUGCUUCAAGCCUGGGCAUACUGCCGUGGAUUGUCGAAACGAG